ACUAGCAAAAUCUUAGGAUUUGGAGUUCGGAAGGAUUUUUCUGAUUUGACAGGCAUUUGACAUAAUCGUCUACCUGUAAUAUAAAGUGUGCAAAAAAUCCCAUUAAUACAGAAAAGGGAUCUGAUUACAGAAAAAGUGACUUUUUUUUUUGCAAUGCCUUGAAUAGAUAUCUAAUGUUCACUUUUCUGGAGUAAAAUUUAGAAGUUAAGACUCCAAAUUUUUAUUCCGCAGCGAUGGAAAUGUUGCAAGCUCUUCUCUUUCUGAUACUUCUGCUUGGAUAUACAGAAGCCCAGACUAACCCAUGCGAAUCGACAGCUGUAUCAAGUAGCUCUGGAGGAACACCUACCAUUAUUGUUACACUGACCGAAGCAAGUGAAGCAGAUCUAGCAACAAAUCCAGACAAUUAUAUUGCUGACACAAAGAUUAAUGGUUUACUUGGUGGAAGCAGUCAAUUUACGGGUAUCACACUGGAAAUAUCAAGGUCCUCUGGUACUCCCAGUUAUAUCAAUGUGACAAACCAGUUCAGAUUAGAGUCACGUCACAUUACAACUGAAAAUGGCUUUUCACAGAGAGCUUUUUUCCGUCUUGUUAAGCCUUUAGACAGAGAUGGUCAGACAGCAACUACAUUUGAUGAUACAAAUAUCAUUGUAUUUCAAGUCAAAUGUACUCGAGUGGGUUCAACAUUGUCUACAUUUUUCUUGUUUACAGUAGAUGUACAAGACAUCAAUGAUAACAGUCCGGUUUUUUCUGGUACCCCAUAUUACGUCAGUGUUAAUGAGUUGUCACCAUUAGGAACAACAGUAUUUAGAGGAAUUGGUGCUUUUGAUUUGGAUGCUAAUACAAACAAGGAUAUACAUUUUGGCAUAUUGCCUGGAGAUGGAAUAACACAACGAAAUUCAAGUCUUCAUGAUGCGACUCAAAUAUUUGAAAUUGCAACACCACAUCUGGGAUAUAUUUCAAUUAAGUCUACGUUGGAUUUUGAAAAAGUAAAAAAAUAUGUUUUUCGAAUUUCUGCGACAGACCAGGCAACAGAUAUUUCUUUAAGACGUACAAGUACUGUCACUAUGACUAUUGACGUGACAGAUGGAGAUGAUCUUGGUCCUGUUUUUGUCUACAAUGGCUGUUUUCGAGUGGAUGAUGUUUGUUUCAAUCCAACCUAUACGACAGAAAUAUCACCCAAUUCAACUGCAACACAACUUAUUCUAAGGGCAGCUGAAGACCAGAGUACGGUAGAUUCCAUAAAAACUGAAGACCAGGACACUUUUAAUUCAAGUAUACAAAUGAGCAUUGUAGAAACCUUGCCUCCGGGGUAUAAAGACAAGUUUGCCCUGGUAAAUACGACAAACAGCGGAACAUUUUUCAGUGCUAUAGUAUCGCAAACUGAACCUUUCGGUAGCAGUGACGUUAAUAUUUUGAAAAUCAUAAUAAAGGCUACCGAGUUGACAGACAACAAACGUUUCGGUCGAGCUGUAAUUGACGUACACAUAAACCAAUCGAAUAUGUCUUGCAUUGAAAAAAAUAUAGUGAAUACCUGUACAAUAAAAUCAUGCAGUAAUGUUGCCUCGGUAGUGGGAGCUGUUUUAGGAAUUCUGUUUGCCAUUGUUUUCAGUAUUCUUGUGGUUCUCACCAUUAAAAUGAGAAAAAAAGAUGGCAUGAAAGAACAACAAACUCCCGUGCAGCAAAAUAAGGGACUUUCUACUGGACAUACAGUUGAAAGCAGACAAUCAUCCAGUGAGUAUGAUGAAAUCGGAGUGAGAUCACCAGACAAUCCUAAUGACGAUGACAAUGACCACCAGUACAUGGAACCUACUUGAAUUGUGCAUAGGAAAAAACUACUUAAAACGUUAAUUUCAUUCAACUAUGUUUUUUAAAUGGCAUUUUAGGUGCAACUCAUUUAAAAUCAGGCGUAAGGAGCCUUUAAUUCAGUAGGUGUCGUUGUUUGCUGUCUGUUUUAUUUGGGUUUUUUUAAAUUUUAUUUUAGCAUGCAUUCUUCAUGCUGUUAGUUUUCUCGUUUGAAUUGUUUAACAUUAUGUUACUCGACUCAAAACAGUUGGAAGGCCAUUUCAAAUACGAAGUUGAAGGGAAUUGAAAACUCAAACAUUCUGAAAAGUUGAGCAACUAUGGCUCAGGAUAUCUUUGUUAGGGGGGAGGGGGUAAAAAAGACCUUAGCUAUUCGAAUAAUUCAAAAUUCUAAAAACGUACCAAGUCAGAUGAACCCUGCCAGACGAAAAUGUACACCUUUCAAUAAUUUUGUAUACCGAACUUGAUUGACCUAUUUCUUAUAGUUUAUGAGAAACUGAUCUAAUCACUAAAGCUUAUCUUUGAUCGCUGAACUAUACAUUCAGCUCGAUGUCUGAUGAACGGACAAGGAUACCUUGCAAGCAAUGAAUUUAUAUACCGAGUACAUUUGUUCCAUUACUCAUAACUGACAAAAACAAAACAUAAAAACAACUCACUAUAAAGUAGUUCAAAAGGUCAUUGAACCAUGCAAAUGAGGUCAUGGACAAUGGACAUUUGCUAGAAUGAAAUCUCAGACCAAAAGGCAUCUGUAUACUGACUGUUGAUUUUUUGUAUCCAGUUUUCUAACCGUCUGGAAUAUAUUAUGUUAUCUAGGAGAAAAUUUAAAGCUUCAAUCAUAUCCUCACAUUUCCAGUAAGUGUAUCUAGCAUACUUUCCUUUUUCGUUACAGAAAAAGGCUUUAAACGAGUUACAGCUAAUAAAUUUACAAUGAGAUUUUUCGAAAGACCAUUUUUUAAAUAUGAAAACUUUUUCUUUAUUAGAUUGUGUGGAAGUGUAGUGUAGAGAGUAGAAAAAAUAAUUAAUACCAUUAUUUUCAUAAGCUUUAUUACAAAAGUUAAUAACCAGUUCUUUGAUAGUAGUAAGGUAGGUAGUAAGAAGCACUGAUAGAUUAGUAGUAGAACACUUACUAGAUGCGGAGAUGAAACGGAAUUUAAAUGUUUUUUUGUGUAAUUUCGGUAACCAGUACAUGGUAGGGACUUUCAAAUGUUCGGAAGAGGCUUUAAGCUGGGUAGUGGCAGUGAUAUGCUUGUUAACGAUUUGACUCUCAGUGGUGCGUACGGACCUGAAUGUAGAGGAAUUGAUAAUUUCGUUUUGAAGAACUUCCGUGUAGUAUAUGCGUCAUACCACCACUACAUUAUUGGCUGCCUUGUCUGUCGGUACGAACACAAACCGCUCUGCGAGUACUUCGAGUUUAUUUUUUAUUCUAGAAAUGGGAAUAUCAUGGACCCUAUUAUCAAUUUCAGAAUUGUUUUCAAAAUGAGAUAUUCGAAUAUUAACAGUAUUCAUAAUUUUAUUCAAAUAACUGUCUAGAGAUUUUUUAUCAGAUUUUUCAUGUUUGCACCAAUUUUUACAGUAGGCAGACAGAGCGUCUUUAAUGA